GUGAUUGUUAAAAUCUGAGAUAAAUUAAUAAACAAAUAUAAGUUUUAAAUAAACAUUAAUGUAUUUCUUUGUAAAAAGAAAUGAUCUGAUAUAACUGAAAGGAUUGACAAUAUUACAUUAAAUGUAAGGUUGUUUAAUUAUCUUUUUUAAUUCGUUGGUGAAACGAAUUGUUUAUAAUAUAUAAAGAGAAAGACAAAAAUAUGGCAGUUCCAUCAUCAGCAUCGUUGUCAACAAGAAAUAAAAAACAUUUCCUUGGUGUUCCUGCACCUUUAGGAUAUGUUGCUGGCGUUGGCAGAGGAGCAACUGGAUUUACUACUCGUUCGGAUAUUGGACCGGCACGUGAUGCCAAUGAUGUUUCAGAUGACAGACAUGCACCACCAACUAAACGGGCUAAAAAGAAAGAAGAGGAAGAGGAAGACGAGGAGGAUUUAAAUGAUUCUAAUUAUGACGAAUUUUCCGGUUAUGGUGGUUCUUUAUUUAGCAAGGAUCCAUAUGACAAGGACGAUGAAGAAGCGGAUGCAAUUUAUGAAGCAAUUGAUAAGCGAAUGGAUGAGAAACGUAAGGAAUAUCGAGAGAAACGUUUAAGGGAAGAAUUGGAACGUUAUCGUCAGGAACGACCUAAAAUACAACAACAAUUUUCUGAUUUAAAACGUGAUUUAGUUAGUGUUACGGAGGAUGAAUGGAAAAAUAUUCCUGAAGUUGGUGAUGCAAGAAAUCGUAAACAAAGAAAUCCACGUGCUGAGAAAUUUACACCGUUGCCUGAUUCGGUUCUUUCAAGAAAUUUAGGCGGUGAAACAACAUCGAGUAUUGAUCCAACAAGUGGAUUGGCGUCAAUGAUGCCUGGUGUUACAACACCUGGUAUGUUAACACCAACUGGUGAUUUAGAUUUAAGAAAAAUUGGUCAAGCUAGAAAUACACUUAUGGAUGUGAAAUUAAGUCAAGUUUCGGAUUCUGUUGCCGGACAAACGGUUGUUGAUCCGAAGGGUUAUCUCACUGAUUUACAAAGUAUGAUUCCGACCUAUGGUGGUGAUAUCAAUGAUAUAAAGAAGGCGCGAUUACUUUUGAAAUCGGUACGUGAAACAAAUCCAAAUCAUCCACCAGCUUGGAUUGCGUCAGCUCGUUUGGAGGAAGUAACGGGUAAAGUUCAAGCGGCACGUAAUUUAAUAAUGAAAGGAUGUGAAGUAAAUCCAACGUCAGAGGAUUUAUGGCUUGAGGCAGCGAGAUUACAACCGGCGGACACUGCUAAAGCAGUUAUUGCACAAUCUGUACGUCAUAUACCAACUUCGGUGAGAAUUUGGAUAAAAGCCGCUGAUUUAGAGACGGAGACAAAAGCAAAACGACGUGUUUAUCGUAAGGCAUUGGAGCAUAUUCCAAAUUCGGUGAGAUUAUGGAAAGCAGCUGUUGAAUUAGAAGAGCCAGAGGAUGCGAGAAUUUUAUUGAGUCGAGCUGUUGAAUGUUGUUCAACGAGCGUUGAUUUAUGGUUAGCUUUAGCGCGAUUAGAAACCUAUGAUAAUGCGCGUAAAGUUUUAAAUAAAGCGCGAGAAAAUAUUCCCACUGAUCGACAAAUUUGGACAACGGCAGCAAAACUUGAGGAGGCAAAUGGAAAUAAGCAUAUGGUGGAGAAAAUUAUUGAGCGCGCUAUUUCAUCGUUAAGUGCAAAUGGAGUGGAAAUUAAUAGAGAACAUUGGUUUAAAGAAGCGAUGGAAGCAGAAAAAGCUGGUGCCGUUCAUUGUUGUCAGGUGAUUAUUAAAUCUGUGAUUGGAGGCGGUGUCGAGGAAGAGGAUCGAAAACAUACCUGGAUGGAGGAUGCAGAAACGUGUGCUCAACAAGGAGCGUUAGAAUGUGCACGAGCUGUUUAUGCAUUCGCUUUGAGCACUUUUCCGAGUAAAAAGUCCAUUUGGAUGAGAGCUGCUUAUUUUGAGAAGACUUAUGGAACAAGAGAAUCUCUUGAAGCUUUGUUGCAACGAGCCGUUGCUCAUUGUCCAAAGAGCGAAGUUCUUUGGCUUAUGGGAGCAAAAUCGAAAUGGUUGGCUGGCGAUGUUCCGGCAGCAAGAGGGAUUUUGUCAUUGGCUUUCCAGGCGAAUCCAAAUUCAGAGGAAAUUUGGUUGGCGGCUGUAAAAUUAGAAUCUGAGAAUUCAGAAUAUGAAAGAGCGAGACGUCUUUUAGCGAAGGCUCGUGCAUCAGCUCCAACGCCACGUGUUAUGAUGAAAAGUGCAAAACUUGAAUGGGCGCUCAAUAAUUUGGAUACGGCUUUGAAAUUAUUGAAAGAAGCACUCGAAAUGUUUGAUGAUUUUCCUAAAUUAUGGUUGAUGAAGGGACAAAUUGAAGAACAACAAAAUAUGAAUGAACAGGCUCUUCUUACUUACAAUCAAGGGAUGAAGAAAUGUCCAAAUUCAAUUCCAUUGUGGAGGCUUUUGACGCAUUUAGAAUGUCGCUCGGGUAGAGUUACAAAGGCGCGUUCAGUUUUGGAAAAAGCGCGAUUGCGAAAUCCAAAGAAUGAUGAAUUAUGGCUUGAGGCAGUGAGAAUUGAAAAUCAAAAUUCAGCGACACAUAAUAUGGCGCAUACAUUAAUGGCAAAGGCAUUGCAAGAAUGUCCAAAUUCGGGAUUAUUGUGGGCGGAAGCAAUUUUCAUGGAAUCGAGGCCACAAAGAAAAAUGAAGAGUGUCGAUGCUUUAAAAAAAUGUGAACACGAUGCACAUGUUCUUCUUGCUGUUUCCAAAUUAUUUUGGAGUGAGAGUAAAAUUUCAAAGUGUCGAGAUUGGUUUAAUCGAACAGUGAAAUUGCGACCCGAUUUAGGAGAUGCUUGGGCAUAUUUUUAUAAAUUUGAAAAACUUCAUGGUACUGAUGAGCAACAGGAGGAUGUGAAAAAACGUUGCAUUGCUUCAGAACCAAAAUAUGGAGAGAAUUGGUGUAAAGUUUCAAAAAAUAUCAACAAUUGGUGUUUCAAUACUGAACAAAUUUUAAUUCUUGUCGCAAAGGAUCUACCCAUUCCAAUAUGAAUUCGAAUUUUUCGUAUAUUUUGGAUUGUACAUAUAAAGACUAUUUCCUAUAAGAAAAAGAAAUAUAAAAAUAAAUUAUUCUUAGCAUAACUUUAGGUUCAACUCUAAGAAAAUAACUCUGCGCAGAAGGUUGUUAUGAAAACUAGUUCCUUCACCUCCGACUUUCAGUUUAGGUUAGGUUGAAAUAUUUUCUUUUGUUACUCCAAAAAGAAAGUUAGACACUGCACUAUUCGUCAUUCAGUAUCUGAAAAUAGUUGGUAACUGACUGGAAUUAAUGUGCUAGUGUUAGUUUUUUUUUUCUUCAAGAAAUUUUCACUUUUUAAAAAUGAGUACAGAAAAAAUCGUCGAUU